CGAAAAAAGAGGGUGGCAUCGCAUCGUUCUGUGCUGUGCUAAUAGAGAAGGAACACAAAGUGAAUCUUUCGGACCACAGCAAAAGCGUAGACGAGAGAGAGAGAGAAAGAGAGCUCCCAUAUUGUAUUGCAGUCACGAGGCGAUAUCUAUAAGGGUAUCAGCAAUAGGACAGCGCGAAGUACAUGAUCUUGCAUCGCCACGCAAUCAAAAUGGCAGCGGGAGCAGCAUUCGCGGGCGGUGGCGUAGGCAGCAACACCAACGGCAACGGCAACGGCAACGCCAACGGCAACGCCAACACCAACGCCAACAAUCCCCUUUCCGUGAACAACAGAAUUGUGGUGGUCGGCCUGAACGGUGCCCUCCAGAAACGCUUCGUCCUGCCCGAUCGGCAGGUCUUGGUGCCGGGGAACGUCCACAGGGCCGCGGGGGUGGAUUUCGGGGUAGGCGGAAAGGGCCAGGACGUCGCCAUUGCGCUCCACUGCCUGCUCACGGAAGGCGACCGAAUCGUCGGCGAAGAACACGGCAGCAGCAACAACAGCGACGCGAUCCGGCUGGUCCAGUUCCUCGGGACCGGCUUUGCCGGGGACACCGUCUACGGAAUGCUCGAGGACCGACUCGGGGGAAACGCCAUGGGACUGACGGUCCGGUCYGCCACCGAGCUGAGGACCUGCACCUCGAUCGUUGCGGCCGACGAGACCACCGAGCUGGUGGAGCCGAGCGGGAGGAUUGCGGCCGGGGAACUCGGGGACCUCCUGGSGCGGCUGCCCCCUCCGGGUGCCKCUGCCGSCGSCGGCCGGGCUCGUGCCCUCUGCGUCAUGGGCAGCAUGCCGCCCGGGUGCCCCGGGGGCACCUACGCAGAGAUCUACGAGCGGGUGGCGGGGCCGGAAACGGUGUGCGUGGUGGACUCCCUGGCCGGGAUCGACCCGGUCCUCCGCACCGCCGGCGGCCUCGGCCCGCUGGUGCUGAAACUCAACGCGUCCGAGCUGUGCAAGCUCGGGGGGACGCCAAAGGCCGGCAGCGAGACCGGAGGGGUGACCCCCCGCGAGCUGGUCGGCGCCGCCGAGGGGUUCUGUUCGCUGCACCGGGAGGCCCUCCGCCGCCGAACCGGCAACGCAUCCGCGUGCGGCGUCGUCGGAUUGGCCAUCACCGAUGGCAAGCACGAUGCCUACUUUGUUGGCAUGGCAGAGAACACCAGCGACGGCGGCGGCGGCGGCGACGACGACGACGACGACGACGGCAACGGCAACACCGGCGACGAGGAUUUUACAAUACUCUGGUUCCCCGUGCCGAGUCUGGACACUUCUCGGACCUUGUACCCCAUCGGUGCCGGAGGUAAGCAGUGCCGCGCAACGCUGCGCAGCGUAGCGUAGCAUCCCUAAGUGCUGGUUUGGUUGCAGGAGAAAAGAUGUAGCACAAACCUUUGGAACAUGAAACCCUGACGCCUCUGUCUUUUUUUCUAUGUUAUGUUUUUAUUUUUUUCCUUUUCCAACCGUGGACGAAUUGCUCCUGUUUGCAGAUGCCGUUGCGGCUGGAAUGGUAGGGGCAUGGGCGGACCUCGCAGCAAUCGAUGCUGCAAGCGCUWCGUCGUCGAUUCUCUCGAAAGAAUCCCUCGGCCUUUUGGAAGGUAUGGUGCAGGUCCUCCAAAGGGACGAUUGCCCCUCCUUGUCCAGAAUCCAGGUCCACGCGGCGGUGUCCUUUGCCUUUGGUCUGGCCUGCGGGUCCGCGAGUUGUCUCCGGGAAGAAAACUCGGUUCUCGACGCCGGGGACGCGAACCGAUUGCUCCGAUCGAUGCUUCGCCAUCCUCCGAAGGUCGUUCGCGUGAGCGGCGGUCUGCGCCGAGGCGUUUCGUAACACGGGAUCGCACACGCACGCACGCACGCACGAACACACAGGGGACAACAGACGCGGAGGGUACGGUACGUAUGGAUCGAACCGAACGAUCYGCCCCGCAUYGUACGAUUCUGAACACAUUCUACCGCAGAUCGAACACACGAGGACGAUCGUGUGGCACGCAAGAUGGACCGGCAGGAAGAAAGAGGCAAACGAUCGGCAUUUGCGAGRAGAAUGGAAAGCGUGGGACGAUGGCGAGUGCAUCUGCUUCUUCUCUUUUCAAACUCAUGAUGGAUUCAACACGAUCUUUCCAACUUGGUACUGAAUGCAAGUAGAAAACAUGCAAYCAUACCGUUGUUGCCCCAUUUCAUCCAAGGGAAUGAGUGGCAAGAGAGUGGUUCCAAGGCGUAAGCAAAAGAGAAGAACAAGGUCAAUACAAAAGAGAAGAAUAUAGAAAUUCAAAGGUUCACAAUUACUAGCUAGUAAUUUUUAGUGCGCUCUCGGUGUUGGUUCCUGSUUUGCUACAAGAACUAGCAAAACAUUUGAGUAGCUUCGGCUACUAGAUCUAUGAAGAAGGAUAGCAUCAGAACUAAUAAUACCCCUGGCACUAG